CUGAAUACCGCACGGCCAGGGAGGCAUGAAGACGAUAAACGGGAUACAUAGCUGGUGGAUAUACGGAAGAGGACGGAGGACGCAGUCUGCUAUGCUGGGCUCCAGUCAGGAUGGGUGAGCAUCAGACCUACGUGAAGCUCAGUGAAGAGAAACUUAUCCCAAAGCCUGACAUCUUAUCUCUGUUGAGGACCUACAACUGCUACCACGAAGGGAAAAACUUCCAGCUGAGGACUCGUGAGGAGGAUGGAGAGCUCAUCCUCGAGGGGCUGCUGAACAUCUACUGGGGUCUGCGCCGACCUAUCAGACUGCAGAUGUACGACGACAACGAAAGAUUCCGUCUCAACCGAAACGAUAGAUCUGCUGUGACAAAGCAGCUCUCAGCGGAGUCUAAUAAUAACUCCCUGGGCAGAGACACCGCACCAGCUAGUGGUGACAUAGGCGCUCAGGAGGAGGAGGAUUCUCCUCAGCUGCUGAGGACCAGGAGUGACGCCUCCUUCAUGCAGGUUCAGAGGAGGUCAAGGACACACACUGCCAGAGAUCUGCAGCGCUUGCGCACACACAGGUUCUCAAUCAACGGACACUUCUACAACCAUAAGACGUCUGUAUUUACUCCAGCGUAUGGUUCAGUCACUAACGUGCGAGUCAACAGCUCCAUGACGACCACACAGGUUCUCAACCUGCUGCUACACAAGUUUAGGGUGGAGAAUAAAUCUGAAGAGUUUGUUCUUUAUAUGGUACACGAGUCUGGUGAGAGGGCCCGACUGAGGGAUGGUGAAUACCCGCUGGUGGCUCGUGUGCUUUACGGACCUUGUGAGAAAAUCUCUAAGAUCUUGAUCACGGAGGCCGACCUGGGAGAGGAAGUUACACAUGAUGUUGCCCAGUACAUAAAGUUUGAGAUUCCUGUUUUAGACAGCUUCGUAGAGAAACUUAAAGAGGAAGAGGAACGUGAAAUAAACAAGCUGACCAAAAAGGGAAGCCAUUAUCUGUGACCAAGCACGUCAGCACGUAACCGGAAUCAAUCAAAAGAAAACCCUCAAUGAGGACAGUGUUUGUAUAACACAUUUAUUACUCACUGUUAACAGGGUUGUGUAACCAUUAACUCUCAUGACUAAGAUUUCUGCCCUGUGACACAUUUUGUUGUGUGUGACUUGUGGCAUGUGAGUUCAGACAUAUGGUUUAUUUAACUACAUACACAGGCAUAUUUUACCACGCACACAGUCACUUAACCGCCACCAUUAAAGGGUAAGCCUGGUGGCCUUUUAUAUUGAUCUCAAUGUUAUGUAAUUGCAUGAAAAGAAAAACCUCAGCAGUGAAUUUUUGUGACUAAUAAGUAUUGCCUGUGACAGCUUACUCCUCUGGGCCAUUAACACGGUCAUCCAAAACCACACCAGUUAGCCACACUGUUACACUAAGUGUCUUGUUCUUUCAUUACAAUAAACACAGGCACUGUGGCUUAUUUUUAUAGCCAAUCCCCAUACACACCUUCCUGCUUAUUAAUGUGUCUUAUCCACCAAUUAAAAUAGUCCCCCACAAAUUCACUGUUUACCCCUGUUUGAGUAAUGUUUGCUUUGUUUUAAAACAUUUACUUAUUGCUUUUUAAAAAUGAAACUUUAUAUUCAUGACCAGAUUUUUAAGGUUUACGUUUCAAGUCCCUGCUUAGAUUUUUUUUUUAAAGUGCUUGGGGUGCAUUUAUAUCCAUGUAACGAAAUGUAUCAGUGUGUGUAUUUGAGCACUUGUGCCUUUUGUGUCAUAUCAACUCUUUUACAUAUGUAGCCCACAACAGGAAAUUGUCCGCGUCAGUAGGCUUCUCACCUUCUGGAAAUAUGUUGUUUAGUUUAGGUGAGGGGUGGCACCUGGGUGGAGUGUGUAGUGGCAGGACAUUACGCAGAUUACACCUCAGCCACUUAGCGGGUUUGUGAUUUGGUCAUUAACAACAGAGUCUCUUUGAAUUUGUCUUGAUAAUUUUGGCUUUGUCGCUUACCAACAGAAUUUCACAGAUCUCAUCAUCUCUCUAGUUAGACAUUUUUUUGCCCUCUUCGUGUAAAUGACCCUUCUUCUUCACUCUCAGGUUUUUGUUUUCUUGAUGGGAAUUCUCCAGACAUUCACCGACUCUAUUCACACAUGGACUCGAUCAAACAUGACACAGACUUUGUGCUAGGGAGCUGGCAGGGUAGAAUCGGUUUAAUGUCCGUCAAACUGAUCGAUGUGUUCUUACAGUUAAGGUCAAAAUUAUUAGCCCC